AGAGAAGCUGCGCAGGAGACAAUGGCAGGCUCAGUGUUGGCGAUUCGGGCUCGGCUCGGUGUCUGGGGUGUGAGAGUCCUACAACCCCGAAGCUUCGGCUCGGACUCGUCAGAGAGCAUGGACACGGGCGCUGGCUCCAUCCGAGAAGCCGGUGGGGCCUUCGGAAAGAGAGAGAAGGCUGAAGAGGAUCGGUACUUCCGAGAGAAGACUAGAGAACAACUGGCUGCCCUGAAGAAACACCAUGAAGAUGAGAUCCAGCACCACCAUCAGGAGAUAGAGCGUCUGCAGAAACAAAUUGAACGUCAUAAGAAGAAGAUUAAAAGCCUGAGAAGUGAUCAUUAAAUGCAUUCAGUCAC